AUGCGGAGCCAAAAUCUUAUUACAUCUUUUGUUUGGGCGAAUGAUCCGACUGUCCAAGAAGCUCUUCAUAUAAGAAAGGGUACCAUAACAGAGUGGAAACGAUGCAAUGAGAGCAUAUCCUAUGAAAGGAAUGUAGAAAAUGUUCUUCAAUAUCAUAGAAUAUUCAGCAAGAAAGGAUAUGAAGUUUUAAUAACUAGUGGUGAUCAUGACAUGAUUGCUCCUUAUAUUGGUACUUUAAAAUGGAUUCGUAUGCUCAAUCUGACCGUCGUAGACAACUGGAGACCUUGGCAUGUUAAUGGCCAAGUCGCGGGAUACACAGAGAAGUACAAGAACAAUGACUUCUAUCUCACAUUUGGUGCAGGACAUACAGUAUCAGAGUACAAGCCAAAAGAAUGUCUUGCGAUGUUCCACCGGUGGCUCUCUAUGCGUCCUUUAUAA